GCUGGAUCAAGAGGAGCUUUACUCUUUGACCUUGUUGACUUGCGUGGGAUACAUUAUCACCAUGGCUGCGGAAGAAGAAAGCUCCAAGACCAUGGAAAUGGAGGAAUCACCAAUGCUCCUGUUAACUCCUUACAAGAUGGGAAAGUUUGAUCUCUCUCAUAGGAUAGUUUUGGCUCCCUUGACAAGGAUGAGAUCUUACAACUUCACAGCUCAACCACAUGCCAUCUUGUAUUACUCUCAAAGAACAACGAAGGGUGGUUUCUUGAUUGGAGAAGCAUCAGCAGUUUCAGAAACUGCUAUAGGUGGCCCAAACAUUCCCGGAAUUUGGACAAGAGAACAUGUGGAAGCUUGGAAACCCGUUGUGCAUGGUGUUCAUCAGAAAGGAGGCAUAUUUUUUUGUCAGCUCUGGCAUGCUGGAAGGGCUUCUGAUUACUGCUUUCAGCCAAAUGGUCAUCCUCCCAUCUCUAGUACUGACAAGCCAAUAAAAUCUAAAUUUCACAUUGAUGGCACUACUCCAGCUGCAUUUCCUCCUCCUCGUCGGCUCUUGACUGAGGAGAUCCCUCAGAUUGUCGAGGACUAUAGAAUUGCUGCAAGAAAUGCUAUAGAAGCAGGUUUCGAUGGAGUGGAGAUUCAUGGAGCCAACGGGUACCUAAUUGAUCAAUUCUUGAAAGAUAAGGUAAAUGAUAGGACAGACACAUAUGGAGGGAGCUUAGAAAAUCGUUGUCGAUUUCUAUUUGAAGUAGUUAAAGCAGUAGCUGAUGAGAUUGGAGCUUAUAGAGUUGGCAUUAGACUCUCACCAUUUGCGGAUUAUAACGACUGUGCAGAUUCCAACCCUGAAGCUCUUGGCUUGUACGUGGUUGAGUCCCUCAACAAAUUUGGAAUUCUCUACUGUCAUGUGAUAGAACCUCGGAUGAUCACUCAGUUUGAGGCGCAGCCGACAGGACAUAGUCUUCUGCCUAUGAGAAAGGCUUUCAAGGGUACUUUUAUUGUUGCUGGAGGAUACACUAGAGACAAUGGUAAUGAAGUGAUUGCUAGUGGAGGUGCUGAUUUAGUUGCACUUGGACGCUGGUUUCUGGCUAACCCUGAUCUACCAAGGAGAUACGAGCUCAAUGCUGCGCUUAACAAGUAUGAUAGAAGCACUUUUUAUACAUUUGACCCUGUUGUUGGCUAUACAGACUACCCAUUCCUCGACGGUAGUAAGUAGGCUAGUCUUCCACAUUACAUUAACAACAAUUGCAUUUUAUGAGAUUUGACGAUGUGUAGGGCUUUGCCAUUUGAAUGUAUCGAAGAAUUUGGCAAUUCCAUCACCA